CCAGCAGCAGCAGCAGCAGCAGCAGCUGCCCCAGCAGCAGCAGCAGCAGCAGCUGCCCCAGCAGCAGCCAGCAGCAGCUGCCCCAGCAGCAGCAGCAGCAGCAGCUGCCCCAGCAGCAGCAGCAGCAGCAGCAGCUGCCCCAGCAGCAGCAGCAGCAGCAGCAGCUGCCCCAGCAGCAGCAGCAGCAGCUGCCCCAGCAGCAGCAGCAGCAGCAGCUGCCCCAGCAGCAGCAGCAGCAGCAGCUGCCCAGCAGCAGCAGGCAGCAGCAGCUGCCCCAGCACAGCUGCCCCAGCAGCAGCAGCAGCAGCAGCAGCUGCCCCAGCAGCAGCAGCAGCAGCAGCUGCCCCAGCAGCAGCAGCAGCAGCAGCAGCUGCCCCAGCAGCAGCAGCAGCGCAGCAGCUGCCCCAGCAGCAGCAGCAGCAGCAGCAGCUGCCCCAGCAGCAGCAGCAGCAGCAGCAGCUGCCCCAGCAGCAGCAGCAGCAGCAGCUGCCCCAGCAGCAGCAGCAGCAGCCAGCAGCUGCCCCCAGCAGCAGCAGCAGCAGCAGCUGCCCCAGCAGCAGCAGCAGCAGCAGCUGCCCCAGCAGCAGCAGCAGCAGCAGCAGCUGCCCCAGCAGCAGCAGCAGCAGCAGCAGCUGCCCCAGCAGCAGCAGCAGCAGCAGCUGCCCCAGCAGCAGCAGCAGCAGCAGCUGCCCCAGCAGAGGCAGCAGCAGCAGCAGCUGCCCCAGCAGCAGCAGCAGCAGCAGCAGCUGCCCCAGCAGCAGCAGCAGCAGCAGCAGCUGCCCAGCAGCAGCAGCAGCAGCAGCAGCACAGCAGCUGCCCCAGCAGCAGCAGCAGCAGCAGCUGCCCCAGCAGCAGCAGCAGCAGCAGCAGCUGCCCCAGCAGCAGCAGCAGCAGCAGCUGCCCCAGCAGCAGCAGCAGCAGCAGCUGCCCCAGCAGCAGCAGCAGCAGCAGCAGCUGCCCCAGAGCAGCAGCAGCAGCAGCAAGCUGCCCCAGCAGCAGCAGCAGCAGCAGCUGCCCCAGCAGCAGCAGCAGCAGCAGCAGCUGCCCCAGCAGCAGCAGCAGCAGCAGCAGCUGCCCCAGCAGCAGCAGCAGCAGCAGCAGCUGCCCAGCAGCAGCAGCCAGCAGCAGCAGCUGCCCCAGCAGCAGCAGCAGCAGCAGCAGCAGCUGCCCCAGCAGCAGCAGCAGCAGCAGCAGCUGCCCCAGCAGCAGCAGCAGCAGCAGCAGCAGCAGCAGCAGCAGCAGCUGCCCCCAGCUGAGCAGCAGCAGCAGCAGCUGCCCCAGCAGCAGCAGCAGCAGCAGCUGCCCCAAGCCCAGCAGCAGCAGCAGCAACAGCAGCAGCAGCAGCAGCAGCUGCCCCAGCAGCAGCAGCAGCAGCAGCAGCUGCCCCAGCAGCAGCAGCAGCAGCAGCUGCCCCAGCAGCAGCAGCAGCAGCAGCUGCCCCAGCAGCAGCAGCAGCAGCAGCUGCCCCAGCAGCAGCCAGCAGCAGCAGCAGCUGCCCCAGCAGCAGCAGCAGCAGCAGCUGCCCCAGCAGCAGCAGCAGCAGCAGCAUGCCCCAGCAGCAGCAGCAGCAGCAGCUGCCCAGCAGCAGCAGCAGCAGCAGCAGCUGCCCCAGCAGCAGCAGCAGCAGCAGCUGCCCCAGCAGCAGCAGCAGCAGGCAGCUGCCCCAGCAGCAGCAGCAGCAGCAGCAGCUGCCCCAGCAGCAGCAGCAGCAGCAGCAAGCUGCCCCAGCAGCAGCAGCAGCAGCAGCUGCCCCAGCAGCAGCAGCAGCAGCAGCUGCCCCAGCAGCAGCAGCAGCAGCAGCAGCAGCUGCCCCAGCAGCAGCAGCAGCAGCAGCAGCUGCCCCCGCAGCAGCAGCAGCAGCAGCUGCCCCAGCAGCAGCAGCAGCAGCAGCAGCUGCCCCAGCAGCAGCAGCAGCAGCAGCAGCAGCUGCCCCAGCAGCAGCAGCAGCAGCAGCUGCCCCAGCAGCAGCAGCAGCAGCAGCAGCUGCACCAGCAGCAGCAGCAGCAGCAGCAGCUGCCCCAGCAGCAGCAGCAGCAGCAGCUGCCCCAGCAGCAGCAGCAGCAGCAGCUGCCCCCGCAGCAGCAGCAGCAGCAGCAGCUGCCCCAGCAGCAGCAGCAGCAGCAGCAGCUGCCCCAGCAGCAGCAGCAGCAGCAGCUGCCCCAGCAGCAGCAGCAGCAGCAGCUGCCCCAGCAGCAGCAGCAGCAGCUGCCCCAGCAGCAGCAGCAGGCAGCAGCUGCCCCAGCAGCAGCAGCAGCAGCAGCUGCCCCAGCAGCAGCAGCAGCAGCAGCUGCCCCAGCAGCAGCAGCAGCAGCAGCAGCUGCCCAGCAGCAGCAGCAGCAGCAGCAGCUGCCCCAGCAGCAGCAGCAGCAGCAGCUGCCCCAGCAGCAGCAGCAGCAGCAGCAGCAGCCCCAGCAGCAGCAGCAGCAGCAGCUGCCCCAGCAGCAGCAGCAGCAGCAGCUGCCCCAGCAGCAGCAGCAGCAGCAGCAGCUGCCCCAGCAGCAGCAGCAGCAGCAGCAGCUGCCCCAGCAGCAGCAGCAGCAGCAGCAGCUGCCCCAGCAGCAGCAGCAGCAGCAGCUGCCCCAGCAGCAGCAGCAGCAGCAGCAGCUGCCCCAGCAGCAGCAGCAGCAGGCAGCUGCCCCACAGCAGCAGCAGCAGCUGCCCCAGCAGCAGCAGCAGCAGCUGCCCCAGCAGCAGCAGCAGCAGCAGCAGCUGCCCCAGCAGCAGCAGCAGCAGCAGCUGCCCCAGCAGCAGCAGCAGCAGCUGGCCCCAGCAGCAGCAGCAGCAGCAGCAGCUGCCCCAGCAGCAGCAGCAGCAGCAGCUGCCCCAGCAGCAGCAGCAGCAGCAGCAGCUGCCCCAGCAGCAGCAGCAGCAGCAGCAGCUGCCCCAGCAGCAGCCAGCAAGCAGCAGCUGCCCCAGCAGCAGCAGCAGCAGCAGCAGCUGCCCCAGCAGCAGCAGCAGCAGCAGCAGCUGCCCCAGCAGCAGCAGCAGCAGCAGCAGCAGCUGCCCCAGCAGCAGCAGCAGCAGCAGCAGCUGCCCCAGCAGCAGCAGCAGCAGCAGCUGCCCCAGCAGCAGCAGCAGCAGCAGCAGCUGCCCCAGCAGCAGCAGCAGCAGCAGCUGCCCCAGCAGCAGCAGCAGCAGCAGCUGCCCCAGCAGCAGCAGCAGCAGCAGCUGCCCCAGCAGCAGCAGCAGCAGCAGCUGCCCCACAGCAGCUUGCCCCAGCAGCAGCAGCAGCAGCAGCAGCAGCUGCCCCAGCAGCAGCAGCAGCAGCAGCAGCUGCCCCAGCAGCAGCAGCAGCAGCAGCAGCUGCCCCAGCAGCAGCAGCAGCAGCAGCAGCUGCCCCAGCAGCAGCAGCAGCAGCAGCAGCUGCCCCAGCAGCAGCAGCAGCAGCAGCUGCCCCAGCAGCAGCAGCAGCAGCAGCAGCUGCCCCAGCAGCAGCAGCAGCAGCAGCUGCCCCAGCAGCAGCAGCAGCAGCAGCUGCCCCAGCAGCAAGCAGCAGCAGCAGCUGCCCCAGCAGCAGCAGCAGCAGCAGCAGCUGCCCCAGCAGCAGCAGCAGCAGCAGCUGCCCCAGCAGCAGCAGCAGCAGCAGCAGCUGCCCCAGCAGCAGCAGCAGCAGCAGCAGCUGCCCCAGCAGCAGGCAGCAGCAGCAGCUGCCCCAGGCAGCAGCAGCAGCAGCUGCCCCAGCAGCAGCAGCAGCAGCAGCCGCCCCAGCAGCAGCAGCAGCAGCAGCUGCCCCAGCAGCAGCAGCAGCAGCAGCAGCAGCUGCCCCAGCAGCAGCAGCAGCAGCAGCUGCCCCAGCAGCAGCAGCAGCAGCAGCAGCAGCUGCCCCAGCAGCAGCAGCAGCAGCAGCUGCCCCAGCAGCAGCAGCAGCAGCAGCUGCCCCAGCAGCAGCAGCAGCAGCAGCAGCUGCCCCAGCAGCAGCAGCAGCAGCAGCUGCCCCAGCAGCAGCAGCAGCAGCAGCUGCCCCAGCAGCAGCAGCAGCAGCAGCUGCCCCAGCAGCAGCAGCAGCAGCAGCAGCUGCCCCAGCAGCAGCAGCAGCAGGCUGCCCAGCAGCAGCAGCAGCAGCAGCUGCCCCAGCAGCAGCAGCAGCAGCAGCAGCUGCCCCAGCAGCAGCAGCAGCAGCAGCAGGCCAAGCAGCAGCAGCAGCAGCUGCCCCAGCAGCAGCAGCAGCAGCAGCUGCCCCAGCAGCAGCAGCAGCAGCAGCAGCUGCCCAGCAGCAGCAGCAGCAGCAGCAGCAGCUGCCCCAGCAGCAGCAGCAUGCAGCAGCAGCUGCCCCAGCAGCAGCAGCAGCAGCACUGCCCCAGCAGCAGCAGCAGCAGCAGCAGCUGCCCCCAGCAGCAGCAGCAGCAGCAGCAGCUGCCCCAGCAGCAGCAGCAGCAGCAGCUGCCCCAGCAGCAGCAGCAGCAGCAGCAGCAGCUGCCCCAGCAGCAGCAGCAGCAGCAGCUGCCAGCAGCAGCAGCAGCAGCAGCAGCUGCCCCAGCAGCAGCAGCAGCAGCUGCCCAGCAGCAGCAGCAGCAGCAGCAGCAGGCCCAGCAGCAGCAGCAGCAGCAGCUGCCCCAGCAGCAGCAGCAGCAGCAGCUGCCCCAGCAGCAGCAGCAGCAGCAGCAGCUGCCCCAGCAGCAGCAGCAGCAGCAGCAGCUGCCCCAGCAGCAGCAGCAGCAAAGCAGCAGCUGCCCCAGCAGCAGCAGGCAGCAGCUGCCCAGCAGCAGCACAGCAGCAGCAAGCAGCAGCCCAGCAGCUGCCCAAGCAGCAGCAGCAGCAGCAGCUGCCCCGCAGCAGCAGCAGCAGCAGCAGCUGCCCCAGCAGCAGCAGCAGCAGCAGCUGCCCCAGCAGCAGCAGCAGGCCCAGCAGCAGCAGCAGCAGCAGCUGCCCCAGCAGCAGCAGCAGCAGCAGCUGCCCCAGCAGCAGCAGCAGCAGCAGCAGCAGCUGCCCCAGCAGCAGCAGCAGCAGCAGCUGCCCCAGCAGCAGCAGCAGCAGCAGCUGCCCCAGCAGCAGCAGCAGCAGCAGCAGCUGCCCCAGCAGCAGCAGCAGCAGCAGCUGCCCCAGCAGCAGCAGCAGCAGCAGGCCCAGCAGCAGCAGCAGCAGCCAGCUGCCCCAGCAGCAGCAGCAGCAGCAGCAGCUGCCCCAGCAGCAGCAGCAGCAGCAGCAGCUGCCCCCAGCAGCAGCAGCAGCAGCAGCAGCUGCCCCAGCAGCAGCAGCAGCAGCAGCAGCUGCCCAGCAGCAGCAGCAGCAGCAGCUGCCCCAGCAGCAGCAGCAGCAGCAGCAGCUGCCCCACAGCAGCAGCAGCAGCAGCAGCUGCCCCAGCAGCAGCAGCAGCAGCAGCAGCUGCCCCAGCAGCAGCAGCAGCAGCAGCUGCCCCAGCAGCAGCAGCAGCAGCAGCUGCCCCAGCAGCAGCAGCAGCAGCAGCUGCCCCAGCAGCAGCAGCAGCAGCAGCAGCUGCCCCAGCAGCAGCAGCAGCAGCAGCUGCCCCAGGCAGCAGCAGCAGCAGCAGCAGCUGCCCCAGCAGCAGCAGCAGCAGCACUGCCCCAGCAGCAGCAGCAGCAGCAGCUGCCCCCGCAGCAGCAGCAGCAGCAGCUGCCCCAGCAGCAGCAGCAGCAGCAGCUGCCCCAGCAGCAGCAGCAGCAGCAGCAGCUGCCCCAGCAGCAGCAGCAGCAGCUGCCCCAGCAGCAGCAGCAGCAGCAGCAGCUGCCCCAGCAGCAGCAGCAGCAGCAGCUGCCCCAGCAGCAGCAGCAGCAGCAGCAGCAGCUGCCCCAGCAGCAGCAGCAGCAGCAGCAGCUGCCCCAGCAGCAGCAGCAGCAGCAGCAGCAGCUGCCCCAGCAGCAGCAGCAGCAGCAGCAGCUGCCCCCAGCAGCAGCAGCAGCAGCAGCAGCUGCCCCAGCAGCAGCAGCAGCAGCAGCAGCUGCCCCAGCAGCAGCAGCAGCAGCGCUGCCCCAGCAGCAGCAGCAGCAGCAGCAGCUGCCCCAGCAGCAGCAGCAGCAGCAGCUGCCCCAGCAGCAGCAGCAGCAGCAGCUGCCCCAGCAGCAGCAGCAGCAGCAGCAGCAGCCCCAGCAGCAGCAGCAGCAGCAGCAGCAGCUGCCCCAGCAGCAGCAGCAGCAGCAGCAGCUGCCCCAGCAGCAGCAGCAGCAGCUGCCCCAGCAGCAGCAGCAGCAGGCUGCCCAGCAGCAGCAGCAGCAGCAGCUGCCCCAGCAGCAGCAGCAGCAGCAGCUGCCCCAGCAGCAGCAGCAGCAGAGCUGCCCCCAGCAGCAGCAGCAGCAGCAGCAGCAGCUGCCCCAGCAGCAGCAGCAGCAGCAGCAGCAGCUGCCCCAGCAGCAGCAGCAGCAGCAGCAGCAGCUGCCCCAGCAGCAGCAGCAGCAGCAGCAGCUGCCCCAGCAGCAGCAGCAGCAGCAGCAGCUGCCCCAGCAGCAGCAGCAGCAGCAGCUGCCCCAGCACAGCAGCAGCAGCAGCUGCCCCAGCAGCAGCAGCAGCCAGCAGCUGCCCCAGCAGCAGCAGCAGCAGCAGCUGCCCCAGCAGCAGCAGCAGCAGCAGCAGCUGCCCCAGCAGCAGCAGCAGCAGCAGCUGCCCCAGCAGCAGCAGCAGCAGCAGCUGCCCCAGCAGCAGCAGCAGCAGCAGCUGCCCCAGCAGCAGCAGCAGCAGCAGCAGCAGCUGCCCCAGCAGCAGCAGCAGCAGCAGCUGCCCCAGCAGCAGCAGCAGCAGCAGCAGCUGCCCCAGCAGCAGCAGCAGCAGCAGCAGCUGCCCCAGCAGCAGCAGCAGCAGCAGCAGCUGCCCCAGCAGCAGCAGCAGCAGCAGCAGCUGCCCCAGCAGCAGCAGCAGCAGCAGCAGCUGCCCCAGCAGCAGCAGCAGCAGCAGCAGCAGCUGCCCCAGCAGCAGCAGCAGCAGCAGCAGCUGCCCCAGCAGCAGCAGCAGCAGCAGCAGCUGCCCCAGCAGCAGCAGCAGCAGCAGCAGCAGCUGCCCCAGCAGCAGCAGCAGCAGCAGCUGCCCCAGCAGCAGCAGCAGCAGCAGCAGCUGCCCCAGCAGCAGCAGCAGCAGCUGCCCCAGCAGCAGCAGCAGCAGCAGCAGCUGCCCCAGCAGCAGCAGCAGCAGCAGCAGCUGCCCCAGCAGCAGCAGCAGCAGCAGCUGCCCCAGCAGCAGCAGCAGCAGCAGCAGCUGCCCCAGCAGCAGCAGCAGCAGCAGCAGCUGCCCCAGCAGCAGCAGCAGCAGCAGCAGCUGCCCCAGCAGCAGCAGCAGCAGCAGCAGCUGCCCCAGCAGCAGCAGCAGCAGCAGCAGCUGCCCCAGCAGCAGCAGCAGCAGCAGCAGCUGCCCCAGCAGCAGCAGCAGCAGCAAGCAGCUCAGCAGCAGCAGCAGCAGCAGCUGCCCCAGCAGCAGCAGCAGCAGCAGCAGCUGCCCCAGCAGCAGCAGCAGCAGCAGCAGCUGCCCCAGCAGCAGCAGCAGCAGCAGCAGCUGCCCCAGCAGCAGCAGCAGCAGCAGCUGCCCCAGCAGCAGCAGCAGCAGCAGCAGCUGCCCCAGCAGCAGCAGCAGCAGCAGCAGCUGCCCCAGCAGCAGCAGCAGCAGCAGCAGCUGCCCCAGCAGCAGCAGCAGCAGCAGCAGCAGCUGCCCCAGCAGCAGCAGCAGCAGCAGCAGCUGCCCCCACAGCAGCAGCAGCAGCUGCCCCAGCAGCAGCAGCAGCAGCAGCUGCCCCAGCAGCAGCAGCAGCAGCAGCGUGCCCCAGCAGCAGCAGCAGCACAGCAGCAGCAGCAGCAGCUGCCCCAGCAGCAGCAGCAGCAGCUGCCCCAGCAGCAGCAGCAGCAGCAGCAGCUGCCCAGCAGCAGCAGCCAGCAGCAGCUGCCCCAGCAGCAAGCACAGCAUCAGCAGCAGCAGCAGCUGCCCCAGCAGCAGCAGCAGCAGCAGCAGCUGCCCCAGCAGCAGCAGCAGCAGCAGCAGCUGCCCCAGCAGCAGCAGCAGCAGCAGCUGCCCCAGCAGCAGCAGCAGCAGCAGCAGCAGCUGCCCCAGCAGCAGCAGCAGCAGCAGCAGCUGCCCCAGCAGCAGCAGCAGCAGCAGCAGCUGCCCCAGCAGCAGCAGCAGCAGCUGCCCCAGCAGCAGCAGCAGCAGCAGCAGCUGCCCCAGCAGCAGCAGCAGCAGCAGCAGCUGCCCCAGCAGCAGCAGCAGCAGCAGCAGCUGCCCCAGCAGCAGCAGCAGCAGCAGCAGCUGCCCCAGCAGCAGCAGCAGCAGCAGCAGCUGCCCCAGCAGCAGCAGCAGCAGCAGCUGCCCCAGCAGCAGCAGCAGCAGCAGCAGCAGCUGCCCCAGCAGCAGCAGCAGCAGCAGCAGCUGCCCCAGCAGCAGCAGCAGCAGCAGCAGCUGCCCCAGCAGCAGCAGCAGCAGCAGCAGCUGCCCCAGCAGCAGCAGCAGCAGCAGCAGCUGCCCAGCAGCAGCAGCAGCAGCGCAGCAGCUGCCCCAGCAGCAGCAGCAGCAGCAGCAGCUGCCCCAGCAGCAGCAGCAGCAGCAGCAGCUGCCCCAGCAGCAGCAGCAGCAGCAGCAGCUGCCCCAGCAGCAGCAGCAGCAGCAGCAGCAGCUGCCCCAGCAGCAGCAGCAGCAGCAGCAGCAGCUGCCCCCAGCAGCAGCAGCAGCAGCAGCUGCCCCAGCAGCAGCAGCAGCAGCAGCAGCAGCUGCCCCAGCAGCAGCAGCAGCAGCAGCAGCUGCCCCAGCAGCAGCAGCAGCAGCAGCAGCUGCCCCAGCAGCAGCAGCAGCAGCAGCAGCUGCCCCCAGCAGCAGCAGCAGCAGCAGCAGCUGCCCCAGCAGCAGCAGCAGCAGCAGCAGCUGCCCCAGCAGCAGCAGCAGCAGCAGCAGCUGCCCCAGCAGCAGCAGCAGCAGCAGCAGCUGCCCCAGCAGCAGCAGCAGCAGCAGCAGCUGCCCCAGCAGCAGCAGCAGCAGCAGCUGCCCCAGCAGCAGCAGCAGCAGCAGCUGCCCCAGCAGCAGCAGCAGCAGCAGCAGCAGCUGCCCCAGCAGCAGCAGCAGCAGCAGCAGCAGCUGCCCCAGCAGCAGCAGCAGCAGCAGCAGCUGCCCCAGCAGCAGCAGCAGCAGCAGCAGCUGCCCCAGCAGCAGCAGCAGCAGCAGCAGCUGCCCCAGCAGCAGCAGCAGCAGCAGCAGCUGCCCCAGCCAGCAGCAGCAGCUGCCCCAGCAGCAGCAGCAGCAGCUGCCCCAGCAGCAGCAGCAGCAGCUGCCCCAGCAGCAGCAGCAGCAGCAGCAGCUGCCCCAGCAGCAGCAGCAGCAGCAGCUGCCCCAGCAGCAGCAGCAGCAGCAGCAGCUGCCCAGCAGCAGCAGCAGCAGCAGCAGCUGCCCCAGCAGCAGCAGCAGCAGCUGCCCCAGCAGCAGCAGCAGCAGCAGCUGCCCCAGCAGCAGCAGCAGCAGCAGCUGCCCCAGCAGCAGCAGCAGCAGCAGCAGCUGCCCCAGCAGCAGCAGCAGCAGCAGCAGCUGCCCCAGCAGCAGCAGCAGCAGCUGCCCCAGCAGCAGCAGCAGCAGCAGCUGCCAGCAGCAGCAGCAGCAGCAGCUGCCCCAGCAGCAGCAGCAGCAGCAGCAGCUGCCCCAGCAGCAGCAGCAGCAGCUGCCCCAGCAGCAGCAGCGCAGCUGCCCCAGCAGCAGCAGCAGCAGCUGCCCCAGCAGCAGCAGCAGCAGCUGCCCCAGCAGCAGCAGCAGCAGCAGCUGCCCCCAGCAGCAGCAGCAGCAGCUGCCCCAGCAGCAGCAGCAGCAGCAGCAGCUGCCCCAGCAGCAGCAGCAGCAGCAGCAGCUGCCCCAGCAGCAGCAGCAGCAGCAGCUGCCCCAGCAGCAGCAGCAGCAGCUGCCCCAGCAGCAGCAGCAGCAGCUGCCCCAGCAGCAGCAGCAGCAGCAGCUGCCCCAGCAGCAGCAGCAGCAGCAGCUGCCCCAGCAGCAGCAGCAGCAGCAGCUGCCCCAGCAGCAGCAGCAGCAGCAGCUGCCCCAGCAGCAGCAGCAGCAGCAGCAGCUGCCCCAGCAGCAGCAGCAGCAGCAGCUGCCCAGCAGCAGCAGCAGCAGCAGCAGCUGCCCCAGCAGCAGCAGCAGCCUGCCCCAGCAGCAGCAGCAGCAGCUGCCCCAGCAGCAGCAGCAGCAGCAGCUGCCCCAGCAGCAGCAGCAGCAGCAGCUGCCCCACAGCAGCAGCAGCUGCCCCAGCAGCAGCAGCAGCAGCAGCAGCUGCCCCAGCAGCAGCAGCAGCAGCAGCAGCUGCCCCAGCAGCAGCAGCAGCAGCUGCCCCAGCAGCAGCAGCAGCAGCUGCCCCAGCAGCAGCAGCAGCAGCUGCCCCAGCAGCAGCAGCAGCAGCAGCAGCUGCCCCAGCAGCAGCAGCAGCAGCAGCAGCUGCCCCAGCAGCAGCAGCAGCAGCAGCAGCUGCCCCAGCAGCAGCAGCAGCAGCUGCCCCAGCAGCAG